GGAUGGGUUACCGAUCAGUGAGUACGAUGACUGGAAGAAGGAGAUGGAGAUACCUUACCCUUGGCUACUGUUCUGGUACACCUUCUGGCUGCCGGCGCUCAUCGUGAAGGGCACCCUCCCACUGCUUCAGGAAUUUAGGGAUGGCAUUGACCGGAAUGUUAAGGCUUUCGAGUUUCUUUUAAAGUGUUGUAUGACGGAUAAUGGCAAUCAUCUGGUUUUUCCAAGUAAGAAUGUAUUUACCGCCAUGAAAACGGACAUCUCUGUUCUAAAAUCGAUGGUUGCUGGUGGACUACAGUGUGGGAUGGUGGAUCCGUUACUGCACUCAUACAAUACCACGGACGCGACACUCAUUCAGCAAUAUGGCAACUCGUCCUUCACGUUCCAAGACUUUCUAAGACUCGUGGUGUGGAGUCAUGAAUUGGGUGUGCCCGACUCUCACUGGCGUCCCAUCAUGGAAAACUGUCAAGUGUGUAGGAGUGAUUAUCAGUACAUCUUACAUCACGAGAAUAUAGCGCAGGAGUCCCACUACUUGGUGCAGCAGGUGUUGGGGUACCCUGAGGGCGCCGUCCUCCCCGUCACACACACCGUAAAGAAGCUCUCCCCCAAAACCUCUGACCUACAUUACUUCAGGGAUGUUCCGCAGGACUUGAUGGAUAAGAUAAUGAACAUUUAUAAAUAUGAUUUUGAAUUGUUUGGCUACAGGGCAAAUGUUUUGUGAAUAUAAGUUAUGUUUAGUAUUGUGAAGCAAGGAAGCAGCACAGUGAUGUAGAGGUAACGCUCACUUUACCUUUUUUUUUGUCCUCUUCGUCCGCCACCGAUCGGUCUGUUAGUGUCUUGGACGGUGUCACUCACUGUUGGUAAGUACCGGACAAAUGCUGUACUGCACUGGCUCCAGAAUGUCUCUGAAGGCAACACUUAUUGUAUACUUGUGUCCAGCGGCAAGUUGGGUGAGGACGGUGUCAUUCACUGUGUAGAAAACAGUGAACAAGUAGUUAAUGAUGAUAUUAUUGUUAUAAACAGAGGAUAAUCUCUUGGGCCAUUCAUAACAAGUUUACUAUAGUGACAGUUGCUAUCAUACCGCUAUAUUUUCAUGGUGAUUUACUGAUAAUGAUAGUCAUAGUGAUACAUAGAUAGUGACAUGUUAAUAUAUAGUGGUAGUGAAGAAGUG